GUUUCAGUGUAAAUGCAAAAUGAACGGGCAGUUUGCCUUUCAGUGUCAUUUUCCUUUCAACCAGAAUAGGCCGUUGGACGUUAGUGGUUCUGUCUAAUUUAAACUCUUCUUUUACUAUAAUUAAAUAUUUGCCACCAUGUCUGCUUUAACCACAUUGGAAAUUAAUGGUGAAGCAGUCCCUAUUAAGUGCCUCCAAAUUGAUCCCGUUAACCACGAAUAUAGACUUUACUUGAUGGAACGCCAGGCAGAAAAGUCUAGGCAAUCAGCAGCACCAGUUGGUUACGACCCUGUGCUUAACUCAGAUGUUGAAGAUAUAAGGGGAUGCUUGGGCAUGUCUUACGAUCCCACAGAGCCUGACGACAUAGAAUUUUACUCUGACGACAUAGAAUUUUACUCUGACGACGACGAGAGUAUCGCGGAUUCUGAAGACGAUCUUCAUGACUCAGAAAAUUGUAAUGAAAUUGAUUGUGAUUAUACAAGAUGCAGCAAGGAUUUUCAUAAUAGAGUCGUCCUAAAUAACACUCGCGGUCUGCUGAGCUUCACACUACAAUAUCGAAAUGAUCUCAAAGGACUAGUAAAUAGACAAAAACCUCUUCGUUAAUGAACAAUCUCCCCUCCCCAAAAAAAAAAAAAAAAUAUAUUUGCAAUUCGUAGGCACAUUGGAAGUAGUUUUCCAAGAUGUAAAAUUUUGCAAAAAUUUCGCUUCUGAAUGGAGUUCAUUGUGCAUAUAAAUGUUUUCUGUGCUCUUCACACUGAACUGGCGGUCAAAUUUAACUGAACUAAAGGCAUAACUUUCUUUAUUCUAUUAAUUUUAAUUAUUUCACAACAGACUCACGCUUUUCACGAAAGCUGAUGGCUUUCAAUUAUGUUGAUGUGCGUAAAAUGUUGUCCUCGUCUUUUAUGUUUUAACAUUUCUUGCAAAUUUUAAUGUACUGAUUAUUGUUUUUGGACUUGUAAAACGUUGUGUCGUGGAGCCAUAAUGAAAGUAUUGGCGCAUAUAUAACAAAAAAAAAAAACACAGAUUUUCUUGUUCUUUUGAAAGAAAACUAUAUACUUCGCUAAGUAUAAAGAGGUUUAAUGCUGGUUGUGCUAUAUGUUUUAAAAUUAAAUGGCAUUAAUAAAAAUAGAUGAUAUAGAAAUAAUAAUAAUAACCUUAAUGCCCAUUGAA